AGGUGGCCACAGAGCUAUUAAAAUUCAAUGGUCAAAGUCAACCCAUUUCAUAAGCGGCUACAGUUAUAAAACACUCGAACCAGUAUAAUUCUCUGGUGGAUAGCUGCAAGCAAUUUCCAUUUUAGUGCACCUUGCCCAUCUUGUAAAACGGCUUCCAAUAACGGUGGAUUCAAUGAAACACCUCUCCUUUCACUUGUUUUACUAGUAGGAUAAUAUGAUGAAAAUUUCUACUCGAAAUAUGGUCAAGAGUUGCUUGUAUGUUUUUUGUCUGGCGGAUAUCAAAAUGCUUCUUUUGCAAUGCAACGAUUAUUUUUAGUUGGCUUGCGCCGUGCGCGACUUAGCUCUCAUCUCAAAAGGGGAAGUCCAGGGAGCAGCCGGAGGGCAGGUGGCCGCAGAGCUAUUAAAAUUCAAUGGCCAAAGUCAACCCAUUUCAUAGGCGGCUACAGUUAUAAAACACUCGCACCAGUAUAAUUCUCUGGUGGAUAGCUGCAAGCAAUUUCCAUUUUAGUGCAGCUGAAAAUGGUGGAUGACUCGUAUAGACAAAUAAUUUUGUAAAUGGAACCGACACAGCACAGUUUUUUUUUUGAAGUUACAUCAGUAGAUUACAAUAAAUCAGUGCUGUAAAAAAUAUCUAGCAGAGCUAAACAUUUUGGGAUGUCUAGAGAAAGCAACUUGUAUUUGAAAAUGCCAAAAUAUCUGUUUAAAGUAGACCCAACAUGCUGUAUACUAAUAAUUUAUUGCUUUCACUCUUAGCAUACUGAAAAUAUCAGCUUCCAGCUAAUCUGAGUCUACCAAUGCCAGUUACUAUUGGAUUGUUUGUAUAGCAUUUCGAGGUUGUUUCGCUUGAAAGAGGAAGAAAGAGUAAUGGCCUCCACACUUGAUUCCAGUUCUGAUCGAACAAGUGAAUUAAAAGCUUUUGAUGAAACCAAAGCCGGUGUCAAAGGACUUGUUGAUGCUGGAAUCACCAAGGUCCCUUGGAUUUUCCAUCACCCACCAGAUGACUUAGACAAGACUUUGAUUGUUGCUACAGAUGGCAAGUUCAGAUUUCCAAUCAUAGACCUGGAGGGUGUCCGUAAAGAUCCCUUUCAACGCAAGGAGAUCGUUGAGAGAGUCCGAGAUGCAUCAGAGACUUGGGGCUUUUUUGAAGUGGUCAAUCAUGGGAUUCCUGUCAGUGUUCUGGAGGAGAUGAAGGAUGGGGUAUGUAGGUUUUAUGAGCAAGAUGUUGAGCUGAAAAAAGAAUACUUUUCUCGUGAUUAUACAAGAAAGGUCAUCUAUAAUAGCAAUUUUGAUUUGUAUACUGCAUCAUCAACUAACUGGAGGGAUACUGUUUCUUAUAUCAUGGCUCCUGGUCCUCCCAUGCCAGAGGAAUUGCCAGCGGCCUGCAGAGAUAUACUGAUGGAAUACAGCAAGGCAGUCAUGAACUUGGGAAAUCUGCUGCUUGAGUUAUUAUCAGAGGCCCUAGGGUUAAAUCCAAACUACUUGAAAGACAUUGAUUGUGCUAAGGGGCUUGCAGUUCUCUGUCAUUACUAUCCAGCAUGCCCUCAGCCAGAAUUAACCUUGAGAGCAACGAAGCACUCUGAUAAUGACUUCCUCACCGUGCUUCUACAAGAUCAAAUUGGUGGCCUCCAGAUUCUCCACCAGAAUCAGUGGGUGGAUGUACCUCCCACGCCUGGGGCUUUGGUAAUUAAUAUCGGAGAUCUUAUGCAGCUUAUAUCAAACGACAAGUUCAUUAGCGUUGAGCACAGGGUGCUGGCGAACUGUAAAGGACCAAGAGUAUCUGUAGCAUGCUUUUUCAGUACAUUUCUUACCCCAUCCCCGAGAUUCUAUGGACCUAUGAAAGAGUUGUUAUCGGAAGAGAAUCUUCCAAAGUACAGGGAAACUACAGUAAGAGACUAUUGUGCCCACUACAACGAAAAGGGGCUUGGUAGGACUUCUGCUCUUCUGGAUUUCAAGCUCUGAAAUCAAGGAAUGUAAAGAUGGUGUUGUUAGGCUGAUAAAAAUUUCAAUGGUUUGUAAGCAAAUUGGUACUUCUUUCGAAAAUGUUGACCAAGAUAAUGUCUCCACAGCUGCCAGCCAGACUAGACUGGCUCACAAAAAACAGAAAACCUUCAUCUCUAUAUUUGGCCCAUGAUAAACUUGAGAUGUUGCAUACACCUUGUUGAUGGAAUCUUACCACACCAGAGUGCUUCAAUCACGACGCCAGGCAGUCAUUUCAUGGUACACAACACAAGUUAAAAUGUAGUGAUAUUUCUAUCAGACUGACAAAGUUGUUUGCAAGCUUCUAACUCGGCAGUUCAUGUCAUGUUCGGCCAAGAAGGCGAUGCAUCAUCUGUCUUGGCACCUGGGCUUACGAGCCCAGGUCUGAGGCCCAUUCACAAUGGCCCAUGCUUACUUUCUUUGUCUGCUUUAUUUAUUUAGUGAUAAUCUUUUAUUUUUGGCGCAUUAAAUAUAAUUCUUCUUCUUCUUCUUC